CAGCCGAUUGAAGUAAUAGGUUCACGUUCGGACGAUGAAAGCUACAGCUCCGGCACGGAGUAUUACAAACCUGAGCCAUUAACCCCAUAUUCAAGUGGCAGCAACAUUUCCAUACCUGGUCUGAAUCCCCUGCCAGUGCCGCCUGUAGAAUCGGGUUACUCGUCACUUGCACGCUCAGCGCAGCAAUAUGGCGGUUUAUUACCACCACCUACAUCAACACUAUUUGGUGGAAACAAUGGCUUAAAUCAUGAGUAUAAUCCCAGUUAUACACCCGACAGCGGUUACAAUGGUGGUGGCAAUGGUGGCGGUGUUGGUGUCGCCAAUCCGAGUGCCGGGCCGCAACCCAUAAUGCCACCUCCGCCAAUGCCAAAUAUUAAUCCAUUGGAUAACAUUAGUGGACGAAGUGGCAUGGGUGGAGCGCCGCGUGGACCUAAUAAUGGCAAUGAUGAUUUUAAUUCCACAUGGAAUAUGAAUAUGUCGUGGACAUCAAUGGAUAAUUCCAAUUUAUCUAACUCAUCUUACACGCCUGAAAGCAUAGAUACACCCGUUUCACCGCCACACUUUGAGCGUGAGGCUAGUAGCAGCAUUGCCGCGACUAUAGAAUAUAAUGAGCAUCAUACAAGCAAUGUUUUGAUAUCACAACAAGAUGUUGAUCAUCGUACAUUGCAUUUGCCAGCAUUCGAUCUGCCCGCUGUGGAUUUAGGUGUUAAAUUGGGGCUGAGUAAAGAUAAAACACGUCAAUUGGAUAUCGAUCAUAGAAAUUUGAUUUCGUUGACCGGUUCGCCGGGUGGAAGUGAUGGUGACAAAAAGUCAUGGCUCUCGCAGGAUGCGAGUUUUCUUGACAAUACAACAGGCGAUGUGGAUUACCGUGCGCUGCCAAUGCCGGUACCUGCUUUAGAUUCAUCAGAUGCGGAACCACCUGGCUUGAUGGCGCCGCCGCCUCCUAGCUUUCAGAAGAAGACGAAUUCUCCGCAAAAAAACAAUGCCAGCUCGUCAUCGGACAAAGAAGAUUCUGGUAGUGCGCGCUAUGAUCCCUCCGAUAUGGUUAUCGAUAUGGACAUGUCCGAUGAGGAUCUUGAUGAAAUUUUGAGAGAGGUGAAUGAGCAAACAAGCGACCAGCUGGAUAGUUCACAGCAAUCGAUAGGCAGUGGUGAUGCAUCACUACUCGAUACAUCCAAGGAUCUAAAUGAAGAAGAGCAGCUUAGUGCCGUUAGUGUGAGGCCAGCAUUGUUGGAAACACCGCCCGAAUAUGUGCCACAACCGGUCUGGGACAGCAACCAGUUAGAUCAAAUCAACAUGCCAACUUAUGAGCCACAAAAUAUAGGCAUCAAUAUGGAAAUGCAAGAGCACCAGCAACAGCAAGAAAUGUGGAAUCAAGCGCCUUGGCAUAAUGGUGGCCAUGGCCGUGGUGGCGGUAAUGUGCCGCCGCCUCCGCGCCCACCCUUCCCCUUGCCCUUUGGUAAUUUCCCUAUGAAUGCUAACUAUCGUGGCGGUCGUGGUGGAGGAGGUGGCGGUCCUGGUUGGGGCAAUUCACCGCAACAAAAUCAUUUUCGUAACGAACGAUUUCCACGUCCCCCACGUGGCGGCGGUCAUGGCGGCAGCCCCUACUACAAUCGUGGCGGCGGUGGCAGAGGUGGUGGAAUGCGAGGCGGUUUUCGUGGUAAAUUUCGCGGUAAUCAAGCGUGGUUAUAAUUUUAAUGUAACACUUACAAAUGAAAUAUUUAAAAUGUAAAGAGAUGAGCAGAAAGCUAUAUUUUUUUCUUACAUUCUUACAGAAUGUUAUAUGAAGAUUGGAAACUAAAGAACUUUAAAAAUUUCAAAUAGCUGGUAAUAUUUAGUUUAAGUAUGGUACAUAAAUUAUGUUACAUAUAUAUGAUGAAAAUCCAUGCGAGAUUGACUGGGCGAAUAGUGCGCGCUAAAUUGCUUUGU